CCGUUCCCUUUUCGUCUCUUCCUCUCUCAGCAUUCCAUCCACAAACUCAAUUACACGUACACCCUACAAGCGCACUUAACAAGAAACGAAAAAUGUCGAUGGCUAGCUUGCUUGGUUUAUCCACACCUGCGGAUAUCGAGAUUGGUUUUGCCAAAGAAGAUCAGCGAAAGCAAAUUGACGUUAAAGUGGACAAAGACCGCCGUGAAACGUACCCAGUAUACCUCGAUGGAGAAACUGUUAGCGGCAAUGUGAAUAUUCGUUUGAGAGGUGGAAAGAAACUCGAACAUAAUGGUAUCAAGGUUGAAUUCGUGGGAAGCAUAGAACUAUUCUAUGACCGGGGUAAACCGCAUGAAUUCUUGACUCUUUCGCAAGAAUUAGCUGCACCAGGCGAACUCCGUCAGAAUGCAUCGUUUGAUUUCGAAUUCAAGCGCGUGGAGAAGCAAUACGAGUGUUAUCACGGCAUCAACGUUAAAUUAAGAUACUUUGUUCGUGUCACUAUAUCACGUCGCUUACAAGACCUUGAUAGCGAAAGGGACAUUUGGGUAUAUUCGUACAGAAUGCCAACAGACAUCAACAAUUCGAUCAAGAUGGAAGUCGGUAUUGAGGACUGCUUACAUAUUGAAUUCGAAUACAACAAAUCAAAAUACCAUUUGAAGGAUGUGAUUGUUGGCAAGAUAUACUUCUUACUUGUGCGUAUAAAGAUUAAGACAAUGGAAUUGGCUAUUAUUCGACGUGAGACGACAGGAGCUGCGCCCAACCUUUACAACGAAAGCGAGACCGUAACCAAGUUUGAAAUCAUGGAUGGUGCACCUGUUCGAGGUGAGACCAUUCCCAUUCGUCUAUUCUUGGGUGGUUUCGAACUGGCACCUACUUUCCGAGACGUCAACAAAAAGUUCUCUACAAGAUACUAUCUGAACUUGGUGCUGAUUGACGAAGAAAACCGCCGUUACUUUAAGCAACAGGAAAUUACCAUGUUUAGACGCAAGGUUGACGAUGGAUAUCCACCUGAUGAUGAACCUCCAAUCCCUGCCUAAGUAAAAACAAAUAUUGAAGAGUGUUUUACAUGUCUCUGUAUAUGUUUGUACAAUAACAAGCUCUAUUAUUCCCGUAUAUCUUUUUUCUGUGUGUGUGAUUUAUCGAAUUGUGCUAUAAUGCGGUUCUCCCUUUCUCUUUCUUUCUCCCUCUGUUUAAUUAAUCUUAAUUACGAAUGAAAAACUCUGAGUGGGAUGGACCCCACCUGUUUGUUAC